ACGAUUAUUCAGGGCUCUGACAACAAAUUUUGCCGUACCUUCUUAGCACCAAGUCUCGAUCACAAAGAUAAGAUGAGCUACCUGACAUACAUCUUGUUAGUCAUAACAGCCAUCGGCCUUGUUGAUGCUGAAUCUGGACUCAAUGCGAAACAAAAGUCACUGAUAACGAUCCUGGCUGAAUCCAGGAGGGUAAAGUGGGAUGCAGGAGAGGAGUAUGCCAUUGGAGAACUGAUGAGAGAUGUGGCAGAAGGAGUGGACCCAGACAAAGAAGAUGAAGAGAUGAAGCUGGGGGUGGAGAGGUUUGCUGACCAGGUAGAGAAACUCUCUGAUGAAGAGAGAGGAAAAGUCAUGAAGGUUUUCCGCCAGAAUCUGGGAAAAGAUGAGACUCAGACACUUUUCCAGGAUGCCAGCAGCUUGGCCAAGGAGGAGGAUAAAAAACUGAAUGCGUUAAAGAAGGAUUUGGGAUUACAAGUUGAUGAGAGAAAGGCUUUCAAGGAGUUGAUUUCUGACGUCAUCAAAGGCAGUGAUGCAGAAGGAGAAGUGGAAACUGAAAAGCUUUCAAUGGCCAAGGCAGAAGAGAAAGUGGAGAAACUGACUGAGGAUGACAAGAACCGACUGCGUGCCAUGUUAGCCAGCCGCUACGGAGAGGAACAGGUGAAAAGGAUCUUCAACACAGCUGAAACCAUCGAAAAGGAGGAGGAGGACAAGGAUCAAGACUUGGUGGAAAACACUGAGAAGGAAGAGGUCCCUGAGGACUUGACCAAUCAAGAGGACGGGGAUUUGAUUGGUCCAGAGGAGGAGGACCUGAUUGGUCAAGAGGAGGAGGACUUGACCAAUCAAGAUGAAGACAAUCAAGCCAACCAGCAGUAGUCAACCAUUCCUGUUAAGUAGUAGACAAUGUACAUAUGUGUUAAGGUGGAGAAUCAGACAGCUUAUAUGCUAUUAGCUAGAUUCUAGAAAGCUGUUUUAUAAAACUCUUAGACAAUGUGUUAUUCUAUAAAUCUGCUGAAUUCCAUGACGGGACUACAUAAAGUCAUAUCGUAUCGUAUCUUAUCGUAUCGUAUUUUGUAUUCAAACAUGUGACAAUUUGUAUGUAAUAUGUAAUGGAGAAUGAGAGGAAGACCAUUACAUUUGGAAGGUAGUAAAGGUGAAUAUAAAACCACAUAAUUUAUUCAAAUCAGGGCCUCAUUGGCAUAUUUUAGCAAAUGCUGUUACAGUAAUAGCUUUUUUUGCUAGGGCCACACCA